GGCCCCCGGGACAGAGCGACGCGGAACCCCGGGCGCCUGGGUCCCCAGCAUGAUCCUCGGCAGCCUGAGCCGGGCAGGGCCCCUCCCUCUGCUACGGCAGCCCCCCAUCAUGCAGCCCCCACUGGACCUCAAGCAGAUCCUGCCCUUUCCACUGGAGCCAGCCCCCACCCUCGGCCUCUUCAGCAACUACAGCACUAUGGACCCUGUACAGAAGGCUGUGCUAUCCCACACUUUUGGGGGACCCCUGCUCAAGACCAAGAGGCCCAUCAUUUCUUGUAAUGUCUGUCAGAUACGCUUCAAUUCUCAGAGUCAGGCAGAGGCCCACUACAAGGGUAAUCGCCAUGCCCGACGAGUCAAAGGCAUCGAGGCUGCCAAGACCCGAGGCAGGGAGCCUGGCGUCCGGGAACCUGGAGACCCAACUCCUCCAGGCAGCAAUCCCCCAAACGGGGAUGGCGCGGCCCCCCGACCAGUUUCCAUGGAGAAUGGAAUGGGUCCAGCCCCAGGAUCCCCAGAAAAACAGCCCGGCUCCCCAUCCCCUCCCAGCGUUCCAGAGACCGGUCGGGGUGUAACCAAGGGUGAAGGGGGGACCCCAGCCCCAACUUCCCUGCCUGGGGGUAGCAAGGAAGAAGAAGAAAAGGCCAAACGGCUGCUCUACUGUGCUCUCUGCAAGGUGGCUGUGAACUCCUUGUCCCAGCUUGAGGCUCAUAAUAAAGGUACUAAGCACAAGACAAUUUUAGAGGCACGAAGUGGGCUGGGCCCUAUCAAAGCGUAUCCUCGCCUGGGGCCUCCUACCCCUGGGGACUCAGAGGCCCCUGCCCAGGACCGAACCUUCCACUGUGAGAUUUGCAAUGUCAAGGUCAACUCAGAAGUACAACUGAAACAGCACAUCUCCAGCCGGCGGCACCGAGACGGCGUGGCCGGAAAGCCCAAUCCUCUACUGAGCCGUCACAAGAAGCCCAGGGGUGCGGGAGAUCUGGCGGGCACGCUGACUUUCUCCAAAGAGCUGCCCAAGUCUCUGGCCAGCGGUCUGCUCCCCAGCCCUCUGGCGGUGGCUGCGGUGAUGGCAGCGGCAGCAGGCUCCCCACUGUCCCUGCGCCCAGCCCCAGCAGCACCUCUUCUCCAGGGACCGCCAAUCACUCACCCUCUGCUCCACCCUGCCCCGGGGCCCAUCCGAACUGCGCACGGACCCAUCCUCUUCUCCCCCUACUGACCUCAACCCUGAACCUCCUCCCUAUUCUGCUCCCCACCUCCAGCCGGGACCCAGGCCUUCGGGCUCCCAGCCCGUCCCUCCUCCUGGCACUCCCUGAAUGAUCUCUCUCCUUCCCCCCCGCCCCGAGGUACGGGGUUCCAGGAAUGGGGAGGGGCAGCGGAGGAGGGGAGCUUCAGAAGGGGGGGACACCCCAGAUCUCAGGGAACCCCGCCCCCUACCCUUCUCACCUCCUUAGAAAAGGGGGGGCCGUCUCUCCCUCGAGCCCCCUUGGAGACACCCCCCCUCCCAAAAGCCAUGUCCAUCCAACCCUUCCUCCUCAAACCUAGCACAAAACGGGGUUCACAAGCCAUGGUCGGGGUCCAGGGGGCAGAAAUGGAUUUUCCUGGCAAUAAGUGGACUCUGGGACUCCGGCCCCCUACCCCCAAACUGAAGCGCUUCCGUGAACACCCCUGUCCUCCGCAGGGGGAAGGGAGCAGGCGGGAUCCUGGGUCCCUCUUAAGCACUUUGGUUUUACCGCCUGCGACCUCACUGUGCCCGCCCCUCCCGCCCCCCAAGUCCCAGGUCUAGCCGGGCUGUAGCCCAUCGCAGGGAGCAGCAUUUGGGGGUAUCUCUGGCACUUGGGUGGGACCAAAGGAGAUGCCUCCAUACACCCUUCCCUCCUCUUCUUCCUCCCCAUUUCGGGUUCCAUUCUUUUCACCAGCACCCAUCGCCCAAGGGGUACCGAGGGGGGCACGGGGUGUCCAGUCCAAGCCCACCCCUGCCUCGCCUUCCGCAAAACUGUGAGCAAAAAGCAAUAGAAGCCUCGCCCCCGCCCCUCCCCUUUCCGCAGGAUUCGCUGAGUCUUUAGCCUCCCUCACCCUAGACCUCAUGGCCGUCCCUAACCACCUCCACUGCACAACUCGGGCAGGGGCGUGACUCUCCUCUGUGAUUUCCUUAUCGUCAGCCCUUCCAGCAGCCGACCGGGAAAGGGUCUUCUCCCCAUCACCUCCUUCUGCUUGACAAUGUAGCAGCCCCAAGCCUCCCUCUUCCAUCCUACCCCUUUUCCCUCUCCUCGACAAUAAAGUCUGCAUUCGGUCUGCCCUC